AUGGCACACUCCUCAUCCUCCUUGGACUCCUCCUGGGACACCCUCGGCGACACCGAACCACGUGCCCGCCGGACCGAAACUCGAGACGCUUCAACACAAGUAACAGCCGAACAACUCGAUGAGGUACCUUUCGACCUCGUAGUCUUCUUCACGGGUAUCGCCUUCUUCCUCCUGGUCAUCGUGAUGGUGGUAGCCGUUGGCAUUAUCGCCGAGCUUGAGGAGAAUGAGGGCAAACUUGCUCCGGAGACAGGUGCAAGGUUGGGGCCACGUCACCCUAUAGGGCAGUGGUUUUGCAAAACCGAGUUGUGA